AUGGAUUCCUGGCUGGAUGUUCAGAAGCAGAACCGCACCCUGCAAAUCCUCCGCUCGGCGGCCGAGGGCAGUUACAACAUCGAGCACCUGACAGCGCUAGUUCGCGCUGCCGAAGCCAAGAGGUCACCUCUUAUUCUUCUACUCUUCCCCUCAACCGUCAAACAGCUCCCGACGUUGGCAUGGGCAGCAGCAGCAGCAGUCAAGUCAGCAACUGUACCGCUGUCGCUCCAUCUAGACCAUGCGCAGGACGAAGCGCAGAUCCGAGAAAUUGCUGCAACUUUGCCGUUUGAUUCGAUUAUGGUGGACAUGAGCCAUUAUGACCACGACGAGAACUUAGAAAAGACCAAGGUUUUGACGAGAAUUUGCCAUGGUCACGGCAUCGCUGUUGAGGCUGAAAGUGGGCGCAUCAAUGGGGGAGAAGAGGGUAUUGCGGACACGGGAUCUCUGGAAGCACUCUUCACCACGCCUAGAGAGGUCGAAGACUUUCUAGCUGCCGAAAUCGACCUUCUUGCGCCGAGCAUAGGUAACAUCCACGGCGACUACGGCCCAGCCGGGCCUCAGCUCGACUUUGGCCGACUGUCCAGCGUCAACACUCAGGUUAGCGGUCGCGUGAUCAUGGCGCUCCACGGCACAAACGACUUUACGCCUGAGAUCAUGCAAUGCUGCAUCCAAAACGGUGCAAUUAAAUUAAACAUCAAUAAGCUUAUCCUGGAGAGUUGGAAUACUUAUGUCAGAGAGCAUUCUCAGGAGCCGCUGAUGCAGCUCAUGGAUGGUGGUAUGACUGUGCUCCAAGCCGAGGUUGAGCGGUGGAUGGAUAUCUGUGGAAGUAGCGGGAAAUCAUAA